GGGCCGGCUAUCUCCACGUCGGCGCCGUCCCCCCGUGACCCAGGCGGCCGCGGGACGUGUCCGCUCUAUAUAUAGCAUCGGAGAGAGGUCUCCGUCGGGCGAGCUGAGCUGAGAAGCCGGCGCCGAGGGGUACGAUGCCAACGACGCCGCUACAGAACGGCGAGCGGGCGGAGGCGGUGGCGCAGCAGGGGAAGGCGGCGAGCCGGCUGGGCGCGCUGCUGCUGCUGCUCCGGCUGGCGGCACUGUGCUUCUCCGUGGCCGCGGCCGCGUUCGCGGCCACCGACGGCACCGCGCUCCGGCGCGCGCCGUUCCGGUUCCUGCUGGCAGCUGACGCCAUCGUGGCGGUGUACUCGGCGUUCGAGGCCGGCGCCGCGGCGUGGGAGGUGGUGCGGGGCAGCACGCUGCUCCCGGAGGCCUUGCAGCUCUGGUUCGACUUCGGCCACGACCAGGGCUUUGGCUAUAUGGCGUUGGCGGCAGCGGCCGCCGCGGCGCGGGACGCGGGGGCGUGCGGCGGAGGAGGGGACUGGAGAAGCGGCGGCGGCGCGUCGUGCGUGCAGGCCCACGUCGCCGUGGGCCUCGGCUUCGCGGGGUUCGCGUCCCUCGCUCUGGCCGCGCUCGUCACCGGUUUCCGGCUCGCCUGCUUCCUCGCCACCGGGUCCCGGUUCGUGCCGCCACCCUCCUCGACGAUGUAUUGACCGACAUUUUGGCAACGGGAUAGGUCGCACCUGUGUAUGCACGUACGUGCUUAUGGAUUAUGAUCCGAGAGGACAAGAGAGUUGCCUCGCCAGGCGUGCAUGUAACAUCUUUAUUGCUAGCAGUAGGUAGUGUAGUACUGGUAAAUCUGAGCGCUUGUAAGAUCGAUGUAUGUGCGUGUGCACGGACGUGAUGUUCUCCAGUAAGAUGGGAGCUAGGAUAAGAAUGUGUGUGAUAGCUAUGUGGAUCGAUCGUGUACGAAAGCUGCUCGAAGGA